AACAGGCUGCUAUUACCCUGGUCUUCACCAUAUCUCUGCUGAGAAGAGCAUUUACGAGGAGGCUAAUUCUAGUCUUUCUCUCGUCCUGGAUAUCCCAAAGAAUGGGUACUUUCGCAUCAUGAUCAAAUAUUCGCUGCAAAUUUCUGAUUCUGCUCAAGUGAACAUUGCUUUGAUGGACGACGAAGAUGGUACCGUGAUUAAUUCCAGUAUAAAAACGUUUCAAAAAUGCGCCACAACUUGCUACCAUCGACUGUCAUCCGAGUUUUUAUAUCUGGACGAAGGAAAAGUUGAUGUGCUGGUGAAUUCUGUUCAGAGUGAUUUGAAAUUGGAGAAAGUGAUCGCAAUUCCACGGGAGUUUUAUGAGGACACCGUGCUUGGUGAUAGAGUUUCGUCACACUUCCAAUUUCAGUGUAAUAUCGACGAUAAUGAAAUGGGGUUGGGAACAGACCUGGAAGAAUAUUGUUUGUCAAAUGUCUUUUCUCUUACGAUCGCUUACAACGGAAAGCCUUUGAAUUGCAGCUGCAAUCCAAUUGGUUCGUACAACCAUACCACGUGCGACCCACAUGGCGGUCAAUGUGCAUGUAAGCCUGGAGUGACAGGUCGUGAUUGCAGUCAGUGUUCGCCGGAGUUUUACGGAUUCUCGGAAACAGGAUGUAGCUCGUGUGGUUGCGAAGGUUUGGACAAGCAAUGCAAUCUGAUCACAGGCUGGUGCAACUGUCCCAGCAACACAGCUCUGAGGACAUGCGAACCUUGCCAGUGUAACGGGAACUCUGACCGAUGUAUGAGAUCUGGAGAAUGCCUGGAUUGUCAAAACCACACAACUGGUUUUUACUGUGAAAGAUGUAUGAAUGGGACUUAUGGAAAUGCUUCUGCCGCUGACUGCAAAGAUUGUAAGUGUCAUGACGUUGGCUCAAAGAACAAGCUUUGUGACAGUGUGACCGGGCAAUGUUCCUGUAAAACUAACGUCGUUGGUAGGAAUUGCUCACAAUGCCACGUGAACACAUACAACAUGUCUAUUAAUGGCUGCAUGGAGUGCACGUGUAACGCUGAUGGCUCUAGAGAUCUUCAGUGCGACGAUGAUGGAAAAUGUCCGUGCUUGGCUCACGUGACUGGAGAGAAAUGUACUCAAUGCACCAUGGGAUACUACGGUCUGCCUACGAAGCCAUGUCAAGCUUGUGGCUGUAGUUCAAUCGGGAGUCGAAAUGGAACCGUGUGUUCAAAUGAUGAGCUGGGAAUGUGCGUUUGCAAACCUGGGGUCAGCGGCCGAGCUUGUGAUACUUGUCAGAAGAUGUACACAAAUUUCAGUUCCGCUGGCUGCUCAAUAUGUUCAGCCUGCCCUCGAAACCUCCAGUAUGUUUUGAAUGGUGUUUUGGAAGAAUUUUUCAAUGUCUCCCGAGAUGUCGACGAACUGCAGAACUUUACAUCCGUGGGAAAUUACUACGAAGACACAGUCUCACGACUUGAAACGACCCAGAAACUUGGAGAUGAAUAUUCUGCAAUCAUAACAACGUUCAAAGAAGAGUGUGAUGCUCUUUUAACCUCAUAUUCCUUGGAACUUGUGCGUCUUAAUGAUGAAGUGGCUGAUCAGAAUAACAGAAUAUCCGCCGUUAUUCCGUUGAUUGAAAACCAAACAAAAAUUGCUCUAGAAAAAGUUCUGGAUAUCCGGGAGAGUUCUCUUAGUUCAAAGAAUUUCACCGAUGGAACUCACGAAUUUCUUCAAGACAUUCUCCUUGUGUUGGUCAACUUGGUGGAGUCCAGCACACUCAAAUAUAACGAAGCAAAGAUUCUUUUUCAACAUCUUUCAAAUAUUGAUUUUAAUAACGAGCUUAAUAUGGUGAACGAAACUUCAAAUUCCGCCAGAAAUUUAUCACAAAUGAUUGCUAAUAUUUCCCAAGAGGUCAUAUCCCAAGAUGAUUUAGCGCGCGCUCUGCAGGUGUCAGUCGACCAGGUCGCAAAACAGUUCACUGAAACGCAAAAUAAAAGCGAUGCAGACCACGAGGAUUUUGUGAAGAAAAUUCAAAACAUCUACGGGAAAUUUUCCACAGCCUCUGAGCUGGUGAAGGACAUAGAGAGUACAAAUGAAAAGUCACGACUAUUCAUAGAAAAGGCAACUGCAAUCUUGGACCAGAGCGAUACUGUUGUGCAUGAUGCAACAGAGAAUUUGAAGCAGACAGAACUCGUCACUCGACAGAUAAGAGAUAUGGUUACUGCAGUUAGUGGACAACUUGAGAUCUCCAUGUUACAGUACGACUUUACCGGUAGUGUGUUUUUGAUGAAGAUUUUGCAAGCACGUGAUUUACUCGCUCGGGAUUUCCCGAGUGGCUUGUCGGAUCCUUACGCCAUCAUCUCGAUUAUUCCUGCUUGGAGAGGACAAAAGAGUCAGAGGUCACGAACAAUCAAUGGAACGCUAUCGCCAGUGUUUCCAUUCUACGAUAUCUUUAGUUUCAACAUCAAAGUCGAGGAAAUCCCUUUGACCAAAGUCCUGAUAUCACUUUAUGAUUACGAUGCUGGCGAAGAUUCUGAUGACAGUUUGGGUGAAGUUGUAAUAAACCUUCAGCAAGAUGAUUUCUUUGACAGAAUUGUCACAAAGUGGUUUACAGUUCAACCAAAGGGAAUAACUGCGUUAAGCACUGGAAACUUUGACGCAGAAGGUAUUGGAUUGUUGGAUAUGAAUAUAUUACUACAACAUCAGAUUGAUCAGAUCCAACCUGAAUUGACUAUCGCUGAGACGAAACUGACCGCAGCAAAAGCUAACGUUACAAAUCUUGAGAACGCUAUGAAUUCACUGAACAGAUCAUUACAAGAGGCAGUGACGUAUACCAGAAGACCAAUUGAAGUCCUCGGGAUUUACGAUACAGUGUUGAUGUUGGUAAACGAGACGGUUCAGAAAGCCAACGAGACCAGAAUUGCCAUUGUUAACUUGAUGAACUAUCUUGUGGAAAGGUCUGUGGAAGAAAUUAACAAUGAUUUCAGUGAUGCAAACGAAAAAACCCGGUCGCUCUACCAAGCUACCCUGUUACGGAAUUCAUCAAAGGCAGUCCAUCUCGAGGGGACCAUCACAUCAGCCAAUAAAACCUUCAGAUCUGUGCUUCCAUUGUGGCAUCAAAUCAAUCAAUAUAUGCCUGAUCUCCAAGCAAAGACAGCGUUAUACCAAACAGAAUCUUUACAAGAGGAAGAUAUCCGAAAGACAGCCUUGUUUGCAAACAACAUCAGUAACAUCUUCAUGGAAAGAAUCACAAAAUUACACGGAGAAUGUGAAAACUUGUUAGCAGAUAUGAUUACUAUGACAACCAGGAUGGAUGAAAUAUUAGCUGCAUACGAUAAUCACUCCAAAUAUAUCGUUGACGGCAUAGAACUCAUAACGAAAGCGGAGGAAAAAUUAAAGGCAAACCCAAGCCCAAGGGAAAAUGUCUUAGCGGCUCUGCCAAUUAAACAGAAUUUCGAACAAACUCGUGAUGGAGUCGCUCAGAAAAUUAUUGAAAUGGAGGAAAGAAUAUCACGCAUGAAGAACGCGUCAAAAGUGUUCAACUUUGCCAUGAAGUUUCUUGGUGACGGAUCCACAGUUUUUAAACCUUCCAAAGAGUUCCAACUCAAUGGAAUAUCGGACUUUAUUGAGUUUGAUUUUAAAACAAACAGCUCAAGAGGUGGAAUUAUUUAUGUGAUAACUUCACAGCAGGAUCUGAGCAAGAGUCUGCGAGUUUUUAUCACACGGGGGCAACUUUGCGUGUCAACUGACUUUGGUCCAGGCCCUGAAACUCUUUGCCAUCCUUCAAACGUAGCUACGGGGGAGUGGUUCCGAGGACAAUUCACGCGAUACAAAGCAUUUCAUUUUCUGACGCUGUUAACUAAAGAUGGUCUGUACAGUACAGUAAAUAUGACCUCACCUGGGAACAGCCACAAUUCCGAUUACAACGAUGAUACAACUAUAUAUCUUGGCGGCCUUCCACCCGAUGUCUUUCCAAGCGUUUUAUCUUAUUACUCCUUUUAUGACGGAGUUCUUGAUCACCUUCGUAUAAAUUCAGAAGAAAUUCAUCUAUGGCAACCCAGUGAGAUGUACGGACAAGAAAUAUACUAUGCCAACAGACGUUUCCCCAAACAUCCAGCCAGCCCAGUCUACGCCGCUAGUUUCUUUGGCACUGGUGGAAUAUGGCAGCAAAUGGGAGAGUUUACACUCAAUACUUCUGAGGUUAAAAUUUCGAUGGAAUUUCGGACCUUACACAAAAAUGGAUCGUUAUUUAAUGUUUUCAUUGCCGGCAAUGAUUCAGUUCUUGAGGUGUAUUUACAACAGGGACAUGUUAAGGUUUUGAUCAAGCCUGAUUCAUCACAGGAAAUUACAGUUGUUAGUCGAAGGUCAUCAUAUGACAACGGACAAUGGUAUAACGUCUCCUUAAGCAUCUCACAAAACCGAACAAGGUUAAGCGUAUCCCAAACUGGUUCAAACACACUGGACACGCGUACGGUAGAACUUGAGAACAUGCCUUAUACAAGUGAUGGCGUUCAGAUUGUAAUUGGUGGCAGAAGAGUUUCCUUCGCAGGUGACAUAAGAAAUCUCAGAUUAAGUGGAGAAAAUGAGUCCGAUGUAUUGAGGGAUCUUGUGGGGUCAGAAUGGAUCAAAGAUGAUGGCGUGAGCUAUGAUGGGAUCAUCAAAGGGGAUCAGAUAUACCCAGGCUAUCGUCUCUAUGGUUAUUUGCCGUAUAAAGGACAUGGUAGUUAUUCUGUUUUGGAAAGUCAAAGCAAUCCAGUAAAGCAGCUACAGUUUACGUUCAAAACGUUAGUAAAGGAUGGUGUAUUGGUGUACAGCUCUAUCAAGAAUGAGUCCAACAACGAGGAAUCGAGAUUUUUCUACAUCGCUUUAUGGAAUGGUUACUUGUAUAUUUCCCAUCAAACUGGUGACUUCAGUAAUCUGACACCUUUAUAUUAUCAAGAUGAACCAUUGAAUAAUAACAGAUGGCAAACUGUGACCUUGAAUUACACUAACAACGGAUUUCAUGCAUACCUAAACGGAAAAAGGAUCCACAUUGGCUGGUUUGGAAAUGUUCACGAACCAAUAAACAUGGGUCGAUCACUUCAUGUUGGUGGCGUUGAACCAAGUGGUUAUAUUUUCUUGCCAGUUCCUGUACAUUGGUCUCUACAAGCGGAUUUCCAGAGCUUUCUAAUGGAUUCACAGGAUAUGAGCCUGUUAUCUGGACAAUCAGAAGGAGUAUCUGUUGGGGGAAUCACGUCUGCAACCAUCAUUCCAACAUUACCUCCGACUAUGGCAACAACUGCCGGUCCUCAAUGUCACUCGGCACCUGGUCGUCCACGACAGUCCGACGAUGUUAACUCGGCAAAAUUCGGAGCAACUUCGUACGAUUAUAACACGACCAUACCUAGCUAUCUUGGGUUCACCCUAACUGACAAACAGAGGGAUUUCUUUAAAUCAAGUAUUGUGAUAACGUUGGAAAUGCGAUCAUUGACAAAAAAUGGUCUGGUGUUUUAUGCGGCAGAGAGCGAGACAAACCCUACAAGUUUUAUCUCCCUCGAGUUGGUUGACGGGCGACUACGAUACCAGUUCCGGUCUCCUACCGGACAAGUUACUAUGGAAACAAGUAGAUCAUAUUCCUUGGAUGCUGUUUGGUACAAGAUCUAUUUAUUACGUAUAUUUCAAUUCGGCGCUAUUGUCAUCCCUCAAACGAAGGAAUAUCACAACAAUCGUCAUCGGAAUUCACCGUCUAUGAUCACGAUCACAACUCCCUUCUUCAUUGGUGGAAUACCAAGUCAUGUGACCGCCUCAAAUCUUGUCCACCCUGACCUCAAUUUUGUUGGAUGCAUAAGAAAUGUUGAGAUUUCAUCCUCCCGCGAAGAUGUUACCCUGGAUAUGUCUAAUGCAGACCUGACCGGGUCGUCUGUCGGCAAAUGUCAUUCAAAUAUUGAACCCGGAGCUUACUUCAAUGGUGAUGCGUGGAUGAGAUUUAAUAAUGUUUCCUUAAAGCAAGACUUUACGAUCACUUUUCAAUUCCGAACUUAUCGACGUUCUGGAUUGUUGUUGGCACUCGAUACGCUAGCAGGGCGUGGCCUGAUCCUGCAACAGACAUCAGGAAAGCUUGUUUUGAUAUAUAACAAUGGCACAGCUAACAUUGAACUGCCUUGGAUGCCUUCAUCAGACAGUAACCAUGUUUCUUACAUUAUCUGUCAACUGGAAUGGUACCACGUUCAAAUUACGAGGCAAGGCACGGAGCUUUCCCUGGUGAUUAAUAAAACAUACAAAAUUUCAAGUGAGGUGGCGGAUAGUAAUAAACUGAUCGGUACCUUGUUUCUGGGCCAAAUUUCAGAAAGCAGCCUGGGUGUAACAGCCUCGGCAUUCUACGGAUGUUUAAAAGAUGUUUACAUUGAUGGCAUACUACUGGACAUAUCUCGACCUUUUAUCCAAAGAAACACAGAAUUAUCCUGUCCAAUUGAUGAGGGCUAGCACUUGAAAAAUAUUAUGAGCAAAGCUAAAGU